UCCUGGAUUUGGGGAAGAUUUCAGUUCCAAGCCCAGCCAAGAAGAAGAGGUGGACCCUUUCCGUUUCUUGGCUCCACGUGGGAGAGUCAUGGACAGCUUCUCCUCCCUACCGCCAUACUAUCAACUUUUUGGGAACUCCACGCCGAAGGGUUGGAGGGUCAGUUCGCUGGAAACCAUGUGUCUGGCGAUUGUGGCUGAGAAUAUGAAGCCCGUCUGGGUCAAUUACAUGGCUGAUGUCCACAUCCAGGAGCUGAUCCAGUCAAUGAACAUGAGCAAUCGCCUCACCCCUGCUAUGCUGCAUGCAUUCCUUGUACCAAAUCUAACAGUGCUCAACCUGAACAUCUGCCAACAGCUGGUUGACAAAACUAUUGUCCAGACCAUCAGAGUACAGUGCAAGAAUUUGUCCACACUGAAUCUCCAUGGCUGUAUUCAGAUCCCUGUAGAGGCUCUGGUGGAUCUCAUAAAAGGUUUGCGGUGUCUCACCAAACUGGACCUUUCAGAGACAGAGUGUGACACAGAAGUGUUAUUAGCUGUGGGCUCUUCCUGCCAGAAGCUUCGUGAAUUGAACAUCUCCAACUGCAGGAGAUUAUCUCCGUAUUCACUCUUCUAUCUGGCCUAUGAUGAUGAUACAUGCUCCUUCUGCUGCCCAGAAUUAGAGAGGCUCAGUGUUACAGGAUUGACAUCCAGGGUAAAGCACCAAGACCUGAUUUGGUCUCUGGUCUUUGUGCUGUUGGUAUUACCCAAGCUGAAGGUCCUGACCCAUGAACUUCUUGAAGAGACUCUGCAUUUGAUCCACAGUAAGAAGUUUGACCGUACUCAAAUGCCGUGUGAGUAUUCCUCUCUGAUUCAGCUGGCAUGGUGCAGAACAUUCACCCACACAAAGAAAGGGAGAAUUACACUACCCCUCCAGGAAGUACAUGAUGUGUGUGCAUCCUCCUUGCCUGUCAUCUUUGCCAUGUGUCCACAACUGACAAAGUUGACAGUGAUUCCACCAGAUGGUCAAAGCAUGAGCCAAAGCUCCUUAUCCUACUGCAGUCUCACCCACCUGACUAUCAAUUGCAGGGAAAUGAACCAAACGAAACUGAGAGAGCUUUUGCCAGUGACAGCAGUCCUUGGAGUUCGACUUCAAUCCCUCUCAAUCAGCAAUGUUAUUUUUUGGGAUGAGUUGUCUUUCCCUACCCUGCUGAGCCAUUGCGCAAAUCUCCACAAAUUCAGCGCUUCCUUUUCCACUCUACCGGGGCCUGGACACAGCAGGCAGCUGACUGUGCAGGAAGCAGACUGCACAGACUUCAGUCUUGCACCUCUCAAAUUUCCUUGGCUUUCUGAUUUUUCCCUGGAGUACAUCCACACAAGGUAUCCCUUGCCUUCCCAGCAUCAAAAGAUAUUGAGAGAAUGCCUUCUGUCUCUGCUGAAACAUUCCCAAGUCUUGGAAGUCUUGAAUCUUGUCCACCUACCUUUUCGCAUAUGUGAGGUGUUUGAGAAGGUGCUAGACCCCCCUGGUAGUGCCUUGCUGCGUCUCUGUGAGCUCUCAGUUGUUGGCUACAAAGUGCCUGUUCACACCAUCCGUCAGCUUCUAUCCUCAGAGAAUCAGCUGAGCCACCUCCACAUAUCUUGUUGCUCAAGGUUUGGUAGGAAAGUCUAUAAUGAGACCUUCUGGAGAGACUAGAGGGAAGGUCUUGAUCUGAAAGUUGUGUUGCAAUGAAGAAAAACCAUACAUUGGAAUGGCAGCUCCACAUGUGUGUGUCUUGGUCCAUUGAGGGGCAACUGCUCGCUAGGCGUGGUAGCUGCUUUUCUAUAAUUGUCGUCUUACCUCCAAGCUCUUGAUCAGAUCAAAUGCCCAUUUAGUCCACCAACUUGGUUUGGUGGUUAGGAAUGAGCAUCCAUUGCUGGAUUUUACUUCCAUGAGGAAUACUUGGAACAUCCUCUGGCUCAUGUGAGACUCUCAGGGAUCAUGAAAUGGCAGCAUAAAUGAUGUGACAUGUUAAAAAGUUAAAUUUAUAUGGUAUAGAAACAUAUAUAAAAUUAAAUUCAUUUUAAUUUGUAUUAGUUGGAAUGUUAAUGAUCCUAUUCUAUGGAGAGUGAAUUGGAUCUAAUUAAUAGCUAGAGAUUGUAUUGAGCUACUUUAAUGUGGAGUGUUUUUCUUCUUCUCAGUAUUAGGAUAUAUUGUUAUGUAAAAAAUUGUAAGAGCGAUUGACGAUUUCUUGUAAUGUGGAAGAGAUUUGCAAACUAGA